CUGCGGGACGGGGUGCAGAGAGUCCCGGUGCGAGAGGGGAGGAUCCGGGCAACGCUUUUCCUGCCUCCCGGACAUGGCCCCUUUCCAGGAAUAAUUGACAUAUAUGGAGCAGGAGGGGGGCUCGUUGAAUAUAGGGCAUGCCUGCUGGCCAACUAUGGCUUUGCUGUGCUGGCUCUGGCUUACUACAGCUAUGAAGAUCUCCCCAAAGAUAUGAAGGAAUUCCACCUGGAAUAUUUUGAAGAAGCCAUAAUCUAUAUGUUGCAACACAGACAGGUUAAAGGUCCAGGAAUUGGGUUGCUUGGGAUCUCCAAAGGGGGUGACCUGUGCGUCUCCAUGGCAUCCUUCCUAAAGGGCAUCACUGCCACCGCCCUCAUCAAUGGUUCGGUGGCAAACGUGGGCGCCGUGCUGCACUACAAGGACAUCAGCAUUCCACCCCUCGGCAUCAGCCCCAGCCGCAUCAAGGUCAACGAAUCUGGGAUUGCAGAUAUCGUUGACCUACUGAACAACCCGUUAGAAGGGCCUGACCGCCAGAGCUUUAUCCCGCUGGAGAAGGCUGAGUGUCGCUUCUUGUUCAUUGUUGGCCAGGAUGAUCACAACUGGAAAAGUGAAUUCUUUGCAGUUGAGGGGAGCAAGCGUUUGCAAGCUCACGGGAAGGAAAAGCCUGAGAUAAUCUGUUACCCUGGGGCAGGGCACUAUAUCGAACCCCCCUUUUUCCCAAUGUGUGCAGCAUCAAUGCACCUGCUAGUGGGCAGGCCAGUGGUGUGGGGAGGGGAGCCCAAGGCGCACUGUGAGGCGCAGGUGGAUGCUUGGCAGCACAUCCGAGCCUUUUUCCACCAACACCUCGCUGGCACGCUGUCUGAGACACCCAAUAAGCUGUGACGUGCGUUAGGUCAUUUUACACAGACGCUGGUGUUCCGCGUUUAUUUUGUUCAGCGACUCUGAACGAGAGCAAAGAAUAACAGAGAGCAAGCUGUUAGGUUUCUCUGAAGGCGGAUGUGUGUGCGGUCGUGCCAGCGGUGCCGCGCGCCCCCGGGGAAGGCCCGCAGCGCAGCCGCCGCUCCCGAGGCCUGCGGUGGAGCUGGCAGCACAGCCCCUUGGGCC